AUGGGCCUGCGGCGUAUUGCGUGCGGUGCGCUGCAACGCGCACUUGCAGGAAAGAACACGGCACUGCUGCUGUUGCCCGUGGCUGCAGACCACGAGACGGGACCGGUGAAGAGCGACGUGCCAAUGAAGACGGCCUUGUUGUGGUCGUACCCGUCUCGAUCGUUGCGGGUCGGGAAGGCCGCGGGCGGAUCUCGUCGCUGCUGGACAGUUCCUGACGCGCGCCUCGUGGCGGCUGUGGCGGUCGCUACGUUUGCUGGUGCAGUUGUCAGUCGUCUCACGCGGACAAGUGAAGUGCAGUGUGAAGCCGUUGCAGGGCGCGAGGCCGAGCAGAUGGUCGACAUUGCCAGUGCUCAGUAUGGCUGCUACGGCACUGCAUAUGAUGACCGCAGCGCGAACGCAGACAGCAGUUCGACGCGGUACUUUGAUGUUGAGUACGAGUCGACAAAGUUGCUGGGUCGGGGCUCGUUUGGGGUCGUGAUGAAGUGUCGGCACAAACAAACGGGACGUGCAGCAGCUGUCAAGAUGCUUCAGAGCAGUGCUGGGAGCGCGGAGGAGAUCGCGCGGGAGAAGCAGGCGCUCGAGCGUCUCGAGCACGCAGGCGGCCAUGCCCACAUCGUGGGCUACCAAGACGCGUAUUACCACAACGAUUUCCACUACAUUGUGCUCGAGUACGUCCCGGGCAUCUCGCUCCAUUCGUUCAUGGAAAAGCACCGCACACUCGAUGCCUCGUGGUCACUGGAGCUUGUGGCCCAGUUGGCCAGUGCGUUGCGAUUCAUGCACGCAGCGGACCUCGUCCAUCGCGACUUGAAACCGGAGAACAUUAUGGCCAUUGACGAUCGCAACGGCCGUGACAGGCCACGUGGGGAACGGCAGACAAAGGACGUAAUGCUCAAGAUCAUUGACCUCGGCUCGGUUGGACGCGCUUCGCAGCCAGAGACGAUCGACAGCCCGCGCACGACAACGUGUGCGGUCUCUGGCACCCGUUGCUACUGGCCGCCUGAAGUCUUGCAGUGCCAGGACAUGACGCCUGCAAUGGACAUGUGGGCACUCGGCUGCAUUUUGUACAUUUUGAUUGCAGGACGCCACCCGUUUGACCUCACGGGCAGUUCCACAGAGGACGACGUUUUGCUGCGCGUGCAGACUGAGCCCGUGUCGUUUUCGGCGCCAGUGUGGCGCAACGUAUCAGUGGAGAUCAAAGACCUCACUCGCGGGUUGCUGGACAAGGACCCGAGUGGGCGGUUGUCGGCCGUGCAACUGCUUGACCGCUUGUCAGCCAUGAGGGGUACCACUACGACUACUACGACUACGACCACUGCUACAGCAACAGGGGCCGUGGAGUGA